AUGAAUCCCGUGGACUUCUUCCGCUCACAGUUCAAGAAACUGCCCUACCCGACCGAGGACUGCGCAGGUCGUACCGUGAUCGUGACGGGCUCCAACGUCGGCCUGGGCCUCGAGGCGGCGCGACACUUUGUGCGUCUUAACGCCGCCAAAGUGAUCCUCGCCGUCCGCAGCACGGAAAAGGGCGAGGCGGCCAAGGCGAACAUUGAGCUGACGACGGGCCGACACGGCGUCCUCGAGGUGUGGCCGCUGGACCAGUUGUCAUUCGACAGCGUCAAGGAUUUCGCAGCGCGCGCGGACCAGCUGCCGCGGCUGGAUUACUUGUUGCUCAACGCGAGCAUCGCGACCAACGAGAGGAUCGAGGCCGAGGGGUGGGAGAGCUCGCUCACGGUGAACGUGCUGAGCACUUUCCUGUUGGGCUUCAAGCUGCUGCCGGUGAUGCGGCGGACGGGGAAGACGCACAACGUGACGCCCAAGAUUGUAAUCACCGCGUCGGAGGCCAGUCAGCUGGCCAAGUUCCGAGAACGCAACGCCGAGAACAUCUAUAAGGCGCUCAAUGCCAACAAGAGCCUGUUGGAUCGGUACAACACAACGAAGCUGAUGCAGGUGAUUCUGGGGCGGCAGAUGGCCAUCGCGGCGGACGCGUCGGACAAGGGGAGGGUGCAGGUGACGACGCUGAACCCGGGCCUCUGCUCGACGGAGCUGUUCCGCCACCUGCCAUUCCCCUUGACGAUCAUCCUCAAUGUCAUCUUGAAGCUGGUGGCCCGGUCGCCCGAGGUUGGCUCCCGGUGCCUGAUGGCGUCCGCGUUCGCGGGCGAGGAGGCCCACGGGCGGUACAUGAGCGACUGCGCCGUCGUCGAGUUCCCCAAGAUCAUGCAGGGGGAGGAAGGGGAGCAGAUGCAGAAGCGACUGUGGGAGGAGACGGUGGAGAUACUUGAUGAUGUUGACUCCGGGGUUUCGAAGAAGCUGUGA